AUGGCUAGCUGGCCAGGAAUACUGCUAGCAGCAGCAACGUUAACUUUUAUUGGACUGUUUUUUCAAGUGGGAGGUUUUGUUUUACCGUGGUGGUUUGUUAUUGGGGACGGUGUGUAUAUCGGAGUGUGGUAUAUGCUGGACUGUAAAAGUGGGAUCGCCUCUGUCCGAAACUGUUCUGUUUACAGUUACAGGGAGGCUAGUAGCAUCACUGGGUACAACGCCACAACCAUAGUGACCCAGAGCUACUUUACAGGCCUACAGGUGUGUACUACAGUGGCCUUAGGACUUAUCUUGUUCGUAACACUGGGGUUUAUCUGCGGAGGAUGUGAAAACUGCAAGGCCAAGGCUGGCUAUGUCUGGGGCAGCAUUUUCCUUUUCAUCUCAGGAUUACUGCUUUUAAUCACCCUUGGCCUGUUCUCCUGGAUAUAUGUAGACACCCUUACAAAUCUACCAAACUACCACUUGGAUGGCCGCUCGUUUCCAUGGGGAGUGGUGUCUAGUGGCAUCGGAUCUUUGUUUGCUUUGCUCGCAGGCAUUGUGUUAGCUGUAUUGUUGUGUCGAUGGGAAUAUCACAUGUAUGAUGAUUAUGACGACGAUGAUUAUUAUGACCGUGGACAUCGGCAUGUACCUAUGUCACAAAUUGACCACAAACGUGGUUACGACAGAACCGGUUAUCAAAAUCAUGCGUAUCCGACGUCUGGGAGCACAUACGAAAAACCACCACCCCAAACCUAUUACUACGGCAGCUCACAACGGGCCAGUCAUCACAGUGGUAACCAAGCGCCACAGUAUGUUCAGGCAGCCAGUCCCUACCGUCAGACAGCCAACAUGUACAGGCCUAUAGCGGCCUCGACGAGACGGGACCGCUACUGA